ACAUAAAAAAUAUAUCGCAUUUCGAUAUUUCGGUUGCAGCAUCCCCACGGCAUAUUAAGUACCAUUGUUUAUUUGACUUGUUGAGUGCAUGUGCUUGUUCGGUGGCGUCGGGGUCCCCGAUCCGAAAUCGAUCGAAGCCCGAAUUGAAAAAGACAACUAUUUUAUGGGACGUUGGCGGUUGUUAACGCUUAAUGAGAAAAUUCGAUUUUAAUUCAAGCCCUCUAUCUCACACACACACACAUACAUACACAGACACAGAUAUACAAAAGUCACAAGUGAUGCGCGAUUGCCGAGACUGAAAAUUUUUAACUGCGCAAACGCAAACGCGUUUCCCACCUGCAUCUCCCCCAGUUCCGAGAUCAAAGCACCAAAUGCCGUCUAUAGUGUCCUCGCUGCUGCUUGUCGUUCUGCUGACGUCGCCGCUGGGAGCAAUUCCGGUUUUGUACCCAUCCUCUCCGCCCCUGCCUGUUUACCCAUCGCCUGGGUGCGAAAUUCUCCGACCCCCCGAAUCCCUGGUGGCGCCCCUGGGAGACGAGGUGGUUCUGGAGUGCGAGACCAGUUUGCCGCCAGAACGUUUCGAAUGGAGUUAUCGUCGCUGGACGCCGAAUGGCACUGCUUCCAAUGGAUCUCCAGGAGCAGGUUUCAAGUAUCUUAAAACCAGCUCAAUGAAGGCCAACGUUACCCAGGAGGCGGCUAUAUCCAGACUGAAGGUUCUUGUCCGGCAGGAUACGCUAGGCGAGUACCGCUGCAAUGGCUGGUUCGGACCCCUGUUGGUUACCUCCACUACAGCCCGACUGGAGUUGGCUACUACGUCUGUCAAAAGUCAGGAGCCGGUGGCGUCGCUGCAAUGGCAAGUAACCAACGGAAACUCGCUGCUCUGGCCUUGUGGUCAGCCGGUGCGUUCCAAUCCAGCGGCUAGUUGGACCUUUUACCGGAAUGGAGUCGAGCUAGGAUCGGAGUACUCGGGAACCGGAGGAAAUUUAUUCCUACGCAAUGUUUCUGUUGAUUCAUCCGGCAGCUACUCAUGCCAAGCCACCAAUCCAGCAUCUGGGGAGAGAAUCAAGUCUACUAGCUCCAUGGAACUUCAGGUUGUGCCUGCCCGUGGCUCUCAGGGCAAAGCUCCCUUCCUGUUAACAGGUCAGCCAACCUCUCAAACAGUAACAGCGGUUGAGGGCGGCACCCUCAUGUUGCUGUGUCCUGGUGUGGGCUCGCCCCCUCCGAAAGCUGUUUGGAGCAGUCCAGACAUCGCGGGAGCUGUUAAUAAUAAGCGUACAACAGUAUUGGCCCAUGCUUUGGAGAUAUCCAACGUGCAAAUAGGGGACUCAGGGACCUACAUCUGCUACCUGGACAACGGAGUGCGACCUGCCCUGGAGCAUUUCAUUCAAGUGAAAGUGGAACAACCUCCACAGAUUGUGCGUCCACCGUGGGUAGACAUGGUCAAUGAAGGCGAACGCGUCCAGCUGGCGUGCGAGGCCACAGGAGUGCCAACACCGGAGAUUUACUGGAUGCUUAAUGGAAAAAGUAGCAUUUACGACACCGAAGCUGAACAAUUGCCGAAUGGCCACUUGGUGCUUCACAGCGUGCUGAAGCGCCAUGCUGGCUACGUUCAGUGCUUUGCUCGGAACAGCUUGGGCGAACAUAGCGCCGGUAUGUCCCUUCAAGUGACUCCCAAACCGAUUCAUAGCGAGUCUACCCAACAAACGGAUCACAACCAUUCCAAGGCUAAUCGAGGACGACGACCGGCGCAGAUGAUCCCUCCGUCAGCUCCGAAUGUGACCCGGCUCUCCGAUGAAUCCGUAAUGUUGCGCUGGAUGGUGCCGCGAAACGAUGGCCUUGCCAUCCUCUUCUUUAAAGUCCAGUACCGUACGGUGGGUGAAGGAAAGCGCAAGAAUUGGCAGACCACCAACGAGAACAUACCUUAUGGGCGUCCAGAAUGGAACUCUGAAAUGGGAAAGAGCUUUACUGCCUCUGUGACGGACUUAAAGCCCCAGCGCACGUACCGAUUUAGGAUUAUGGCGGUGUAUACCAACAACGACAAUAAGGAGAGCAACAUGUCCGCUAAGUUUUUCCUACAACCUGGUGCAGCCCUUGACCCAAUGCCCGUUCCGGAGAUGUUGGAAAUCGAGGAGUACUCCGAGACUGCAGUGGUUCUACAUUGGCGAUUAGACAGCGACGCCGACGAGCAGCUUAUAAUUGGAUACUACGCCUAUUACCGUCCCUCGUCCUCGGCGGGAGAGUACUUUAAAGCUACCAUAGAAGGUGCCGGCUCACGCAGCUUUAAGAUAGGAAACCUUGAAGCGGGCACAGUCUAUGAAUUCAAGCUGCAGUCCUUUAGCGCUGAGUCGGCUUCCGAGUUUAGUGCUCUAAAGCAAGGCCGUACUCAACGUCCCAAGAUGAGCACCACAGAGGAGCCAAUCCUUCAGACGGGUGUGCGUGACACAACUACGCCAAGCCACAACGAAACGUUCAGCAUGAGCCCCAUAGUCACAGGAACGAUUGGGGGCGGAGCCGUGCUAAUCCUUUUCAUAGUCACCACAUGUCUGUGUAUGUGGCGACGCCGGAACUCACGGGCUCAUCGAGGUGGCGGCCAAAACAAGCCGCGAAUGGCUGAGCUAAGAGAGGAUUUUGUCCCUUUGGAUAGCUGCUCGCCAACCAAACAGCGGCAGAGAUCUCGACACAUUCACAUCACUUUGAACCCUUUGGCCCAGCAACAGCAGCAGCCACUAGAUGAGAAGAACGACACCGAACACGACAUGACAUACUUCCAGCGCCAGCCCACCUAUGAUUAUGAUCCCGGCCUGCGGCGGAUGUCCUCCUCCUCGUUGCGGCGCUCCCAACGCACGCUGGAACGUGCUGGAUCCAGCAACGGUAACAACAAUAAUCUCAACCAAUCCGCCGACCUGGGUCCGGUAGACAAUCCGGUGAAGCCAAAUCGGGUCCUCAUGAAACGACCCCGGCUAUCCAGCCGCUCCGAGAACCUCUCUUCCGGCAGUCUUAACAGUGUUGGUGUGUAAUCUCCGUAAUUUCGUGAUCUUUAGUCUGUACAUCCCUACGCCCGAUGUAUUAUUCUAUUAUUCCUCUACCUCUGUUUUAUCUGCAACUUUAAAUGAAAAGACCUUGAUUUGUACUUAUAUGAAAACCGCCUAGUUUUAAGGUACUUAAAUAGAGAUUACUAGACAUACACAUGCAUGAUCAUUUAAGAACAUAGCAUUACGACCAUUCUUGUUUAAGUCUUCCAUUUUUCGCGAUAAGAUCAAAAUUUGUACUGAUAGUUUCUUAAUAAUUUUACAAAAAUGACAAUAAAGCUUUUAGCUUCUUUUACCUGUAUGAUCUUAAAUAAUUAUACGCAGAAAUUCUGCAACCGAAAAUUAUAAAUUUAGGCAUCGAAAAGACACCCACCGUUUAAAUUCAAUUUUC